UCUAUAUCUGUGCAUGUCUCUCAAGAACAACAAGAACACCAAGAACAACAACACCAAUCAAACCCUAAACUCAUAUCUUCUCUUUGUUUUUGAAUCAUUUCUUCCCUUUUUUUAAAAAAAAAACAUGCCCAACAUUCAAAGCUUUAUAAAUAUUCAAUCUUCUUCAUCUUCAUCAUCAUCUUCAUCUUCCUCUUCUUCUUCAUUUCUUGAUCUUGAUCUUUCUCUUCAAAUUUCUCCUCCUAAUAAUGGAGUUGGGGCUGUUCAUACUCAUAAAUUCAAUCAAAUUACUAAUGGGGUUUGGCUUUUCAAUCAUCGUAAUCAUCAUCAUCAUCAUGCCUUUGCUUUGCCCCCGCCAUUUCUUCGGAACCAAUUGGAUCCGGGUCGGUCGCCGAUGGCAAGAGGGCGGUGCACGAGGGCGCCGAGGAUGCGGUGGACGAGUACCCUCCAUGCUCAAUUUGUUCAUGCUGUUGAGCUUCUUGGUGGCCAUGAAAGAGCUACACCUAAAUCCGUUCUAGAGCUUAUGGAUGUCAAGGAUCUUACAUUGGCUCACGUCAAAAGCCAUUUACAGAUGUUUCGUGCUCAUAAGACGACCACCGACAAGCCUGCAGCUUCUCCAGCUCGGUCCGAGGAUAGCUCGGGUGUUCUAGACGAUGAAAUGUUAUCCAUCUCGAUGUCGAUAGGAAGUGAAACGGGAGAUGGAAGCUUGCAACUUUUUUCGACUCAAAGGGAUAUGGGCUAUUCUUCCUCCAAUACUCCCGUUCUCUCUGUGAAUUCCACGAGGUGAAACAAAAUCCAAAGAAUGCUGUUUUCUGACAAACAAAGAAAAGCAUAGAUUUUUACGUCCAAAAGAUCCAAAAUUCAAAGAUCUCUGUGUUGCAUUGGUUUCUGCAUGGAUGUUGCGAAGAACGAGAAGAACGAGAAGAACACGAAGAACACGAAGAACACAAGAAGAAGAACAUGAACUUAAAAGCCCUUCUGCUACCUUUGCUUUCUUUUCCUUUUUCUUAGCCCUUAAUCGCACAACCCUGCCUAUCAAAUUACCUAAAACAAUCAAAAAAGCAACUCAAAUCUUCUUUCUUGCGCAAAAGAUUGAGUUAUGAGUUUGAAUUCUUUUUAACUUUUUACUUUAUUCCGACGUGUUUCGUUAUCUAAACAUACAAAUUUUUAGAUAAUAAUUAAAAAAAUUUUGACACGUAACUUAAGUUCAUCUGAUGAAGUAAUUUCAAAAUGGACAAACUAUUGGAACCAAGCUUAGAGUUAGAGAAUCGAGUUUUUGUUUAGUCUAACUAUCCCAAAAUU